AUGGCAGCGCCGCAAGUGCUGACGCGCGAGGACUGCGAGGCCGUGGCCAGACGGCACUUCGGGCGCGAGGACGUGCGCGUGGCGCGCUGGACGGAGAGCAAGCUCGGCGGCGACAAACCCGCCGGGUUCCUGGGCGCGCACAAGCUGGUGACAGUGCACGCGGCCGCCGGCAACGGCCCGGAAGAAAGCGUGGACGUCUUCCUCAAGACGGUUCCCGACAACGAGAACCAAACGAAGCUCAUCGAGACGACUGGCGCGUUCCGCAAGGAAGUAUUCUUCUAUCAACACCUGGUUCCCGCUUGGGAAGAGUUUGGGAUUAUUCCGAAGGCAUCUCUGGCCCAACGAAUAGCCAGCGCGGAGGUACCUAGCGAACCGUCAUGGGGCUGCCGCUGCUACAUUGCUCGUGACAAACUAGUUGUGUUGGAGAACAUCGCUAAGUUGGGUUACACCUCCGAGAGCCCGCGGGACGUCUACGACCGCGAGCACAUCCUCUUCUGCAUGAAAAUGAUCGCAAAGUUCCACGCCGCCUCCUUGAUAUACGAAGAGAAGCUCUCCGAGGGACGGAAGAAACCGUUUCGGAUCGGGGAGGAGUUUCCUGAAAUGGUGCAAGAAACCUUUUAUCUCGUCCAAGACGGCCACCCUGGCGAGCAGACGACCGAAGCGGGCGUGGUCGGACUGAUGGAAUGCGCGAAGAAGCUUCCCGCGUGUCAGGAUCCGUGCGUGCUGCGGGUGGUGGAGGAACGAUUGCCGGGGGUGUUGCGACGCGUGUACGACUCGGUGAAGGCGUCCGCUCGCCGUCGCAAUGUACUGUGUCACUCGGACCUCUGGCAGAACAACAUCCUGUUCCGGCGAGACGCCCGCGGCCGGCCUGUGGACGUGGCGUUGGUCGACUUCCAGCUGAUGCGCUACGCCCCGCCGGCGCACGACGUCUACGACUUGCUGCACCUCACCACGCGCCGGGAGCUGCGAGAGCGCCACGAGAGGGAGUUUUUGGACGUGUACUACGCCACGCUCGCCGACACGCUCCGGGAAUUCGGGCUGAGCGCGGAGCACGUGCUGCCCCGCGAGGAAUUCGACGCCUCCCUGGACGAGCAGCGUCUGGCAGGGCGACUCGCGGCCGUCUUCUGUCUGCACUUCAUCCUCUCCAGCGAGGAGAUGAUCCGCUCCGUGUUUAGCGACUCGGAGGAAUACGAGCGCACAGUGUCAGAGGGGAAGUACAGAGCUAAACUGAUCUGCACGCAGUUCGACAGAGACCAGGAAUACCGAGAGCGAUUGGAAGAGUGCCUCAUGGAAGUAUUAGAGAAAGAUGUGUUAUAG